UUUAUCGCAUUGCUCGAAACUGGCAAGAAAAAGGUCAAGCUGAUAGCCGUUUAGUAGGCUAUUGAUUUAUAGCAAGGCAGUUGUUCCUGGUCGCAAGGUCAUGUGAUUGUCUUUAAAUGAAUGCCCGCGUGUGCUCAGGAGAAUCCGUAGAUCUAUAUGGACCAAUUUAAACUACAUCUACGUGUGUGCGAAUUAAAUACAGUACAGAAGCGGGAAACUUUUGUGACACAUGUAUGUUACUCAGGCUACGACAUAUCGCUUUGUGUUUUAACCAAUCAGGCCUAGAUAUCUAGUGCGUUCUGGGUUGAGACGAUAAAAGAUACAGAAAAAUAAACAAACAUUGCUAGGUCCUAUUUGCUUUUACCCAACAUCUAUCUAGAUCUAGAGUAGAGACUGCGCUCAAGAGGAAGUGAAAACUGAAAGGCGAAAGGCAAUCGCACCGAGACUGCUGUGUGAGAGGCAGGCAGCGAGCAUCGUGAGUUCACGGAGCGAGUAUUUUCAUCCCUCGCGCGCGUGCUGCCCCCGUUUUCCCCUGCCGUUCGUGUCGGAGUGACUCGACAGCCGUUGGUGACAGACCGAUGAGGGAAGCGCUGACCUAGAAAUAGCGCCUGGAUUAUAAAUUAAAACUCUCAGAAUUCACUUUCCAUUCCAUUCUGGAGAAUAUUGGAUCUCAUUUUUGUGUCUGACAUGGAAACAUACCUCCUGGCGUGUUCAUAAUCAUCCCCCUUGUUUCCGCCCCGGCGAGUGACAGCAGGUGAGAUUGUCACACGGUACAAGAAAGUUGUCCUGGCCUCCUCCUGUGGACGACAGCAGACGAGGACAAUAAUCCAAAAUGGCUAUGGAGUACAACAGGGUGGUUCUACUGGCUGCAGACCUCAGCGAGCAUGCUGAGAAAGCAUUCAACUGGUACGUCCAGAACUUCCACAAGCCGGAGAACAAAGUCGUGAUUGUCCACACGCCGGAGUACAGCAUGGGACCGUCUGAGAUGAAUGAAUGGAGAAUUCGUUGCCCUGGAGGAUCGCAGUCCAGGUCAUGCCAUCUGCAAAUAUGCCGAGAGAAUCAACGCCACUUUCAUCGUUACAGGCACCCGGGGUCUGGGCAAGUUCCGUCGCACCAUGCUGGGCAGUGUGAGCGACUACAUUCUCCAUCACGCGCAUGUGCCUGUGCUUGUCUGCAGACUCAAGUACUUGCUCAAGGACGAUAAGUACUAGGUGUACAAGGAGGAACACAACCGGCACGGACGUCAGAAAAGUCUUCUGUUAACGAAAGAGCUGACAACGAUGAUACGUCCUUAUAAUGUCUUUUUAUACUGUUCAUUGUACAUAAUAUUUAAUGUGUGUAUAUCUAUACGCAGGAAGUGAUUUGUGAUUUUGAGCUUUGGGCAAUAUAAGUAUUUAUAAGCCUUAAAAUGUGUAGACCUGUUUGACUCGUACAUAACUGGACAAGACUGUUUUUAAAGACCCCCCCCCCCCCUCCUAAAAAAGACCAAGGCCAGAAAAAGUCAUUCGAAGAAAAUAUGAGUAAAAAAAAAAAUUAACGUAUUAUGUACAUGACCUGUAUUAUUAUAAGAAGCUAGGAUAUAUAUAAUAUAGAUGCAUUAUCUUUUAUUAUUACAAGUCAUGUGUGAAAAUGUCCUUUUUAAAAGCCAUAGAUUUAUCGCCACUGGAGCCACUGGAGUUGGCUACAUCGAAGUAAGACUCGUAAAAGUGAAAAAGAAUUUUGCCCUAAGUCUCGAAUCUUUUCUUUGGAUUUUGUUACGACUUACAUCACGUUUUGAAAUUUAAUGAACUGCAUCAUCAUGUAUGUUCUCCUAAACCUUCACUUGUUGAGGAACAUUUUAGAAAUUGAUUAUGGAUAAAAUUCAGUUGCACUGUACUUAUUUCAGUGAUAAUUCACAAUAAGUAUAAGAUUUUCAAGUUUACGUUCUUAUUUCCCUUGGUCUUGUGCUCGAGAUAUUGUGUCUAUCGAAAGGUUGUGAAUAUUAUCUAGGGCAAGGUAAAGUGUUAAAAUUGUACCUUAGCCUGAACGCUUGGCUUCCAUUUUUCUUUACAUUGGACCCAUAUAAAAUAUGAUUGAGAGGGGACCACAACAUUUUAAUGGCAUUAGUAUGUCAUUGACAGAAAUUGGUAACCUUCUUUGCAAUUCGAAAACCGUUGCAGAUUUCAGUUUAAAAAAAAUAAUUUUAAGCGCAAAAAUACAUCUAUCCUUGAGCCAAGGAUAGAAAUCCAUUCUUUAAUUUCAAUUUAUUUAGCUAUGAAUCAAACUACUUGAAGCAAUUUUGACCUGGAAACCUUUGUUGUACAUUAAGAAUAAAAAAAAAAAAUCCAAUCACACGAUUGGAGCAUUAACGCCAUCAAUUAAAGCCUGUCCAAUGUGAUGACGUUGUACUUCGACUUCAUGAACAGAAUUCUUGCAAAACUCAAAAACCUUCAUUGUGUGAUUUUGGCAACAUAAAGAUAUAAGGCAAGUUUCUCAUUGUGCUGUAUCAUACCUGGCAGUUAAAAGUAAAGGCAUAAAUGUUUGUGCAUGUGCACAUGUGCGUUUGUGUGUGUGCACACGUGCACAAUUGUGUGUGUGUGUUUGUUUGUAAGUCUGUGAGUGUGGGCUACUUAUAUUAUGACUAACUGUAUGAAACAGGCUCAAAUUUAUACUUGGCAAUGUGAGCAAGUAGUUAGAGUCCUACUCCUGCACAUGUUUCACACCCCUAUCAACACAAUUUAGAUGAAUUAGGAGGCUGGCUGUUUUGUUCCAGCCUGACAGGGCUGAGUGGAAUAUAUCAUCUCCGUGAACAAACAGGAAUAAAUACUUGGCAAAUAACCUAUCUUUGUGGCAAUGACACUAACAUCUGCAUUCAGCAACAAUUUUAACAAGCCAAAUCAGAGUAAUCAGUAUACCACAGACAUGAUACAAACGGUUACCUCAGGCGGAUCUUAAAUUCAUGAACAAAAAAUACUGAGCCAAUCUCUUGAUCUUCGCAUUGCAGGCUGCAUAUAUUUUUUGUCAGAACAGUUUGUGGUCUUUUGUUAAUCAACAACAUGUUGUCUUCUACAACAGUUCAUGUGUCCAUCAUACAAGACUUCUCAUACGUGAACGCCAGCACCAAACAACGUUUGAGAACCAAUGCCUUAUCCCAGAAAGUAUAAUAAUAAUUAGAUAUGGAUAUCAUUAUUACAACAAUGCACAUUUAAGUUAAAAUAAUUGUUUGGUCGGUUUGUCGAGUGAGUUUAUGAGAGAAGCAAGGACCCAAGCAAGGUGGAAUGGGGCCUGGACUCUGGUAAGAUAAAAGAUGGCAGGGUCAGUAGAGAGGGAUGAGAAAAAAAAUGUUACAUGUAAUAUCCUUUUUGUUGUCUUUCUGGUCAUUGUCAUUAUUUUAAAGUAUUUUUACAGUCGUAGUUAUAAUCUUUGUUUCUAUAAAUUGUCUUUGUUAUUGAUACACAAGUGAAGAACUAGCUUUCAGUAUUUGAGUCAAAGCUUUUAAGAAGUUGACAGUGGUUUUCUUCAAUUGUCAUAAAUAUGCAAAAAGUAGAACAUAUAGUAACACCUUGUGAGUAGAAAAAUCCUUGAUUUAAGUAUUUUUAGAGCAAAUUGGUAUAGUUACUUUUACUAAUGAGAAAAGAACAGAUUAACUACUAUGGUAACUUAAUGACAGAAGAGAGCAAUAGAGUAAAGAAUAUUUAAAAUUAAGAAUCAGUCUAGUGACAAAGUCAUACAAGUACAAGUAAAUGGAUGAAAAUAGUAGGUUAGAAUUGUCUCUGUAUUGUGUCAUGAUUUCAAGGUCCAGUACUUAUGAACUUUCAAUUUCCUGAUUUGUAAUUUUCAAUGUUGUCAAAUGUUCUUCUCCCCACACCCACACCCUCUUUCCCAUUGUGACUAAUGUUUAGAUGGACCAUAUGAAUAAAAUAUUGGCCUCGAGUAUGAACCUGCGAAAAAAA